AUGUCUAUAACUAGUUAUACAAGUGAAUGGUCUUCAUUUUCAAUAUUGCCACAUGUAGUUCACCCAAUACUUCACAUGAGUUCAGUUAUGAAGCAUGGUAUAUGUUGGAAUAAACAAUCAGAGGACAAGAUUUAUGAAGAUGACGGUGAUGAUGGUAAUGAAGAACAUACAACAGACAUUAUAUUAACAUUUGUGCUGGCUGUUGAUUCUGAAACUCUGUUAAAUAGAGAAUCUACUAUCUCACGACCAAAGUCAGUUAACUCAAGUUCAUCUGGUUUAUCCAACGGACAUAACAAUUUUAUGUAUUUUCAUCUAGAAUAUUCAAUAAUGAAUAAAGACGAUUUUUUAUUUUCUACUGAUGUGGUAGUAUUUUCAAAAUCCAUUGCCAAAAUCUACCCAACAAACUGUUCAUCAAAGCUAGCGAACCCAUGUGAAUUUAAUGACACUUUAUGGAUAGUAUGGACCGAACAAAUACCAAUAGUGAUUACGGAUGAAAUAAUUAUUGACUUUUGGAAUUUAACACAAACUGGUGGCAUACGUAUUAAAUGUUGGGAUCAACGAGAUAAGUGUUCAAUUCAGACAAGAUUUGAUAGACCAAGAUCUGUUAAUAAUAACAGCAACAAACAGUCUGAAGAUAACUUGAAGGAUGGUAAAAAGUUAACUGAAGUUCAGUCUACAAUAACCAUGUUAAAUUCAUAUCGUAAAAAUUCAAAGAAUACACAAAUGAAUAAUUCAAAUACAGAGAGUGUUUCUAAGGGAUGUAAAACAAUAUCACAAUCAAAAACAAAAAAUCACAUAAAAUACGUAAAUACAUCCAACCAAUCUUGCAGUAGUAGAAUGAAAGUAUUAUCUGCUGGUUAUAGAUCAAGAAAAACUGACAAAAUCCAAGAUCCUGUUGAAAGUUGGGGAACAUGUUGUUUAGUAUUACAAACAGGACAUUUAUUUCGAAUAAAUCCACCAGGAUGGAUUGUAGCAAGUAAACCACUGACACAAACUACUAAUAUAUCAUUGAAUAAGCCACCAUUAUCUUCAGUGACUUUAGAAUUAGAGAAUAAUUUUAAAGAUAUAUUAGUUGGUAUGAAACUUUCUAAUCCACUGAUGUCCGAUCACCAAAGGCAGAAAUUUCAGCCAAUCAUAUUGACUAUCGACAGAUUACAUAAUCUUCCUGUUGCUCCAUAUAGAAGCUAUGAAGAAAUGAGAAAUAUAUGUGAACCAUUACGAUUAGUAACUACAUUUUCUGAUGUGUGGAGCCAUCAGUCACGAGAAUAUGUUCAAGAAAAGGAAAUAUAUAUGGAUGAAGUACAGGUUAUCCUUACAUAUGAUAUUCCUGGAUUAUAUCUUCGUGAAUUGGUACAAACUUUACCUGUAGUCAUUGAUUUGUACGACAGAGUGUGCCAUGACGAUGGAACAACUGAAGUCAAACAACUACCUGGAAAUGGUUUAUUUUGCACUGAGCCAGAUGAUGAUAAAAUUGGAAAAGCUCAACCAAAUUUAAAAACAAAUAUAUUUUCAACGAAAUGUAUAGAUAAAAAUACUGGUGAAAACCGCUCUAAAUUACCAUCACCUACUGGAAGGAUUGUCUUAGAUUUAAGUGAAAUAAUUCAUUUAAAAUGUGUUAAAAUGAAACGAACACUGCCUAUACUGCCAAUUAGCGAAUCUGAUCUAGAUUUAUUAAAAGACCAUAGAUCUAUUAAUGAAAAUCCUAGAAGUAUUCCUCGUAGUUAUAUUGGUUACAUGGAUUGUCAGUGUGAAAUAUCCAUUGAAAUAGAGAUGAAUAUCAACAUGGAUCGACUAUUACAAAUAAACGCCUUACCUGAAAAUGCACAGACUAUUGAACGUAUGGUUUUCAUCUUGGAAAAACCUGAUAAAACCGAAAUAGAAGCAAAGUAUGUUUCAGAGAUAAUAGAAAAGAUUCAAUUAUUUGUAUUAAAAUCUAAUGCACGUUCUAUUGGAAUAUCUGAUGAAUUACCUUUACAUAUCAUUAAAGCAAAUUUAAAUUCUAGACAAUCACAAUAUAUGCCAUGUAUCCAUUCAAAAUCAUCUAAUACAAUAUUAUUAAAUAACUCUAAUGAUAAACAUAAUAAUGAAAAUAUUCAACUAGUAAAUAAACUAAUUACUGGAUUUUAUUUAAAUGAUGAAGAUUUUAGUUUAAUUAUCCUUGAAACUGAUCAUCAUGAUAUAAGUCAAUCAUUAGAAAGUUUAUUUAUUGAAUGUUUUAAUAAAUAUAAUGAAUAUUCAAAAUUAUAUUCUAUACAUAAAUAUAAUAAUAAUAAUAAUAAUGUAAAAUUUUUAAAAAAUAAUAAAAUUCUGUUUACUAAACGUUUAUAUGCAUCAUUAAAUUGGUAUUUAUUAGAAUAUAAAAUGUUAAUACCAAUAAAAUCAAUAAUCAAUCAAUCAAUAUUUUAUAUACGUGAUUUAUUACCACGUUUAAUUUAUUGUUUUAUUUAUAAAAUAAUAAAUUUAAGAUUUUAUUGUUUUAAUUUAUCAAAUUGUAUAAAAGAAAAUUUAUUACCAAAUUAUAAAAUGAUUCAAUUAUUAAUUAAACAAUUUUGUAUUUCAUCUAUUUUAAUAAAUAAUAAUAUUAAUUUAUUGAUUAAAUCAUCAAUUAAUAAUAGAAUAAUAAAUAAUGAAAUCAAUAUAGAACAAAUUAAUAAAUAUAAUAAUAAUAAUAGUAGUAGUAGUAUAUUUAAUCAAAAACAAAAAGAACAUUUGAACAAAAGAAACAAAAAAAAACAACAAAAAAUAACAAACGAUAACCUUUAAAAGAUAAACAUUUUGAUUAUUGAUUUAUUUUUAAUAAAAAAAAGCAUAUAUAAUAAAUUAAAUAAACAAAUUGUUUAUAUUUAUAGUAUUUAAUCAAUCAAUUCAUCAAUUAUUUUUAAAAAAUCAACUUUAUCACAAAAUUUUAUUAAACAAGAAAGAAAGAUUUACUUAUUCUAAUGAAUGUUUAAAUUUUAAUAGUUGAGAUCAUGAUUCAAUUGGAGCUAGAUCACUAUGGAAAAUCUAGAAGCACUGGAAGGCCAGGGAGUUCAACUGAGUCUGUUGUGAGAUAGUAGCUCAUUGAAGACAAUGGUGGAUGUGUCGCUCAAUUUCGUGGAUUAGUAAAAGUAAGACAUUAACACCGUUGGAUGCUGGCUCAGUGGUCUAGAGGUUAAGCGCUCGAGCGCGAGACUAAUAGGUCCUGGAUACGAAUCUCGCGAGUCAGGAUCGUGGGUACGCACUGCUGAGCAGUCUGAUACUAGGAUGAAAUGGUCAUCAAGUGUUCCCAGGUUUUCCGUAGUGGUCUAGCUUCAAUUGAAUCAAUUAAAUAAUUUCCACAAAACCCCUUCUGAUAUUAAUCAAAUGUUUAAAUUCUGGAAGUUUCUAAUUACCACAAGAUGAUUGUUAUAAUGGAAUAAUUAUUAGACAAUUAAUUUUAAAUCAAAAAUCACCAUUCAGAUUAAACU